AUGCGUUUCUCUUCGCACAUUUUCACCCUUACAACAAUCGGUAUAACGGGAGUCUGUUCUGACUUCCUGGGACCGAGAUUUCCAGCUCCCGUUGACUUCGCCAGCAAUGGCAGUUUGGUAGCCGCUGGCUGGAGGAAUCUCAGCUCCACCUUCGAUGCAUACAUUGACGGGAGUCUAGGCGCAACGCCGAAGAUUCUGGAUGGAUUAGACAACCUGACUUUCUCCAUCGGCAUGUUCUCCAUCCACGAUCCUGCCGCCCAAUCUCUGCAAUACCAUCACACGUCCGAUGAAGUCAAAAAUGGCCCAGGCGCCGAUGAGGUGGACGGAGACAGCAUCUACCGCGUCGCUAGUAUCUCCAAACUCAUCACCACCUACGCAGGCAUGCUCGAGUUCAAGGACGGACAAUGGGACAAGCCAAUUACAGAUUUUGUCCCGAGCCUCUCGAAAUCUUCUCUGGACAAAGUUGGAAAUGACCUCACUCGAGAUGUACAGUGGGAGGACGUUACUCUGCGCGCACUUGCCGCUCAAAUUGCCGGAGUUCCUCGCACGGCUCAACCUUGGAGCUCGGAUUUGCUAUUCCCAAACCCAACGACUGGUAUGCCAACUAUAGACCCAGCAAAGUUUGGUCUGCCGCCUUUGAAUUUCACCGAUGCAACAACCUACUAUCCUUGCGCGGCAGAUUAUGAGCUGUUUCUCAAGGAUCCGCUCUCAGCCUGCCCGGCAGACCUGUACUUUCAUGGUGGCGAGGCACGCCCUCCAUCGUUCCAGCCCUGGACAACUCCCGGGUAUGCUAACAAUGGAUUUAUACUCCUUGGCAUUGCGCUCGCGAAUAUCACUGGUAAACCCAUUGCUCAGGUUUAUCAUGAUACGGUCUUCAGUCCUCUUUCUAUGACCAAUUCAAACUCUUCCAUCCCACCUGAAUCAGAAUGGUCCCACAGCGUUAUUGCUGGGGAUGAUCCGACCCAGUGGGAAGCUCCCGGCGGUAUCUCCAUAUCUUCCGGUGGACUGUUCUCCUCUCUCAACGACCUCUCAAAAUUUGGAACUGCCUUGAUGAACUCGACUCUUCUCCCCGCGGACAAAACACGAGAGUGGAUGAAACCUGUCUCUCAUACCGCUAGCCGCAACUUUUCCGUCGGCGCACCGUGGGAAAUAUAUAGAUAUACGCACGAGAACACAGGCGCCGUCACCGACAUCUACACCAAAUUGGGCGACUCAGGCCAUUACGCCGGUUUCGUUACUCUAGUCCCAGACUAUGAUGCCGGUUUCAUUGUCCUUAGCGCCUCAACUAAUGAGACGCGGAAAUCAAUCUUAGCAGCCACGAUUGCCGACCUCAUCACCACUACCAUGCUCCCGAUCCUCGAGGCCGAAGCUGCCAUGGAGACCAAGUGCAACUUUGCCGGCACUUACGAAUCCAAGAACCCAGACCUCAAUUCCUCAUUAACACUAAUGCUAAACGACACACCCACAAAUCCAGGUCUGUACAUCUCAUCAUGGACCAACAACUCAACCGAUAUGAUGCCGCUGCUCCCGGACUUACUCGGAUACUCCACCGUAAAGCUACAGCCGUCAAUACAGGAGCCAGGAAAGGUUGCCUUCAGGGCUGUUCCUGUCCUGCCAGAAAUACCUGCUGGUUCCUUCCUCGGCCCGUUCCUGGGAAUGCAGGCUUUAAAUGGUGACUGGCUUGUUGUCGAUGAUCCCACCUAUGGAGGUAUAGCGCUGUCUCUAUUUUUGUUUGAUGUGGGAGCGGAUGGGAAGGCAACUACUGCGUCGCCAGCGGCAACAAGGACAAUACUAGCGAGGGUUAGAUAG